UGGAAGGUGUCCACCAAGAUCCAGCAGCUGCUCAACACCCUGAAGCGGCCCAAGCGACGCCCGCUGCCCGAGUUCUACAUGGACGACGAGGAGGAGCUGGAGAUGGCGGCGCGCGUGCGCGACCCGGCGGCGCCCAAGCCUGAGGGCGGCCCCAUGACCCCGGCCGUCGGCGAGCACCUGGAGAUCCCGGCCGGCCUGCCGCGCAACCUGGAGGCGGCCGUGCAGCGGUACGGCUCGGCCACGUUCAAGGCGUCGUGCGCGUCGGUGCUGGACGCCACGAACCGGGCCUCGGUGCCGCUGACCUACGGCAAGCUGCUGAGCCGCGCGCACAAGAUCGCCUUCGCGCUGCUCAACAAGGCGCGCGGCGAGACGAACCUCAAGCCGGGCGAUCGGGUGGCGCUGGUGUACCCCAACAGCGACCCCAUCAGCUUCAUGUGCGCCUUCUACGGCUGCCUGUACGCCGGCAUGGUUCCCGUGCCCCAUGAGGUGCCCAUCACGCGCCGGGACGCCGGCUCGCUCCAGAUCGGCUUCCUCCUGGGUAGCUGCGGCGUGCAGGUGGCCCUCACCACCGAGCCGUGCCACAAGGGCCUGCCCAAGACGGCCAGCGGCGAGGUGGCCGCCUUCAAGGGCUGGCCGCGCCUCCACUGGUUCAUCACCGAGCACCUGGCGCGCCCGCCCAAGGAGUGGCAGCCGCCGCCGCGACUCAACGACGACACGCCCGCCUACACUGAGUACACGUCCGACGGCGACGGCUCGGUGAUGGGCGUGACGGUGACGCGGGCCGCCAUGCUGGCCCAGUGUCGCACGCUCACCUCCGCCUGCGGCUACACCGAGGGCGAGAUCUGCGUCUGCGUGGUCGACUUCAAGCGGGAGGUGGGCCUGUGGCACGCCACGCUCUGCUCUGUGUUCAACGGCAUGCACGUCAUCUUCAUCCCCUACUCGCUGAUGAAGGUCAACCCGGCCAGCUGGAUGCAGAUGAUCACCAAGUUCAAAGCGAGCAUCGCCAUCGUCAAGUCGCGCGACCUGCACUGGGGCCUGCUGGCCACCAAGGACCACAAGGACAUCAACCUGUCGUCGCUGCGGCUGCUGCUGGUGGCCGACGGCGCCAACCCGUGGUCGCUCAGCUCGUGCGACCAGUUCCUCAGCGUGUUCCAGUCGAAGGGGCUGCGGCCGGACGCCAUCUGCCCGUGCGCCAGCAGCUCGGAGACGAUGACGGUGGCGGUGCGCCGGCCGGGCCAGGGCGGCACCAACGCCACGGGCCGGGGCGUGCUCAGCAUGGCCGGCCUGAGCCACGGCGUGGUGCGCGUCGACCAGGAGAACAGCCUGACCUCGCUGACGCUGCAGGACUGCGGGCAGGUGCUGCCCGGAGCCACGACGGUGGUGGUGCGCAGCGAGGGCGAGCCGCGCCUCUGCAGCACCGACGAGGUGGGCGAGAUCUGCGUCAGCUCGGCCGCCGCCGGCACCAGCUACUGGGGCCUGCAGGGGCUCACCAACCACACGUUCCGCGUGCGCCCGCUGCGCGCCGACGGCACCACGCUCGGCGAGCAGGACUACGUGCGCAGCGGCCUGCUCGGCUUCCUCGGGCCGGGCGGCCUGGUGUUCGUCUGCGGCUCUCGGCACGGCCUGAUGACCGUGUCCGGCCGCAAACACAACACCGACGACAUCAUCGCCACCAUCCUGGCCGUCGAGCCCAUGAAGUUCAUCUACCGCGGCCGCAUCGGCGUCUUCAGCAUACGCGUGCUGCGGGACGAGCGCAUCUGCGUGGUGGCCGAGCAGCGGCCCGAGUGCACCGAGGAGCAGAGUUUCCAGUGGAUGUCGCGAGUGCUGCAGGCGGUGGACUCGAUCCACCAGGUGGGCAUCUACUGCCUGUGCCUGGUGCCGCACAACUACCUGCCCAAGACGCCGCUGGGCGGCAUCCACCUGUCGGAGACCAAGCGGCGCUUCCUGGACGGCUGCCUGCACCCGGCCAACGUGCUCAUGUGCCCGCACACCUGCGUCACCAACCUGCCCAAGCCGCGGGAGGUGCACAAAGCCGACGUGGGCCCGGCCAGUGUCAUGCUCGGCAACAUCGUGCAGGGCAACCGGCUGGCCACGGCGCAGGGGCGCGACCUGGGCACCGCCGACGACGAGAACGACACCACGAAAAAGCACCAGUUCAUCUCUGAGAUCCUGCGCUGGCGGGCUCAGACGACCUCCGACCACCCGCUCUUCCUGCUGCUGAGCGCCAAGGGCGGCCCGAGCUCCACCCUCACCUGCGCCCAGCUGCACAAGAGGGCCGAGCGGGUCGGCUGUCUGCUGCUGGAGAAGGGCCGCGUCAACACCGGCGACCACGUGGCGCUCGUGUACCCGCCGGGGCUCGACCUGAUCGCCGCCUUCUACGGCUGCCUCUACGUCGGUGCUGUGCCGGUGACCAUCAGGCCACCGCACCCGCAGAACCUGCAGACGACGCUGCCGACCGUCCGCAUGACGGUCGACGUCAGCAAGUCGGUGCUCAUCCUCUCCAACCAGACGGUGAUCAAGCUGCUCCGCUCCAAGGAGGCCUCCAACGUGGUGGACGUCAAGUCAUGGCCGCCCACGCUCGACACGGACGACAUGCCCAAGCGCAAGCUGGUGGCCGUGUACCGCGCGCCGACGGCCGAGAUGCUGGCUUACCUCGACUUCAGCGUGUCAACGACAGGCAUGCUGGCCGGCAUCAAGAUGUCGCACGCGGCCACCACGUCGCUGUGCCGCUCGAUGAAGCUGGCCUGCGAGCUGUACCCGUCCCGGCACGUGGCGCUCUGCCUGGACCCCUACUGCGGCCUCGGUUUCGCGCUCUGGUGCUUGAGCAGCAUCUACUCGGGUCACCGGUCGAUCCUGAUCCCGCCGUCCGAAGUGGAGGCCAACCCCACGCUGUGGCUGUCGGUGGUCAGCCAGCACAAAGUGCGCGACACCUUCUGCUCCUACGGCGUGAUGGAGCUCUGCACCAAGGGGCUGGCCUCGUCCAUCCCGCUGCUGCGCCAGCGCGGCGUCAACCUGUCGUGCGUGCGCACGUGUGUGGUGGUGGCCGAGGAGCGGCCGCGCAUCGCGCUCUGCACCUCGUUCAGCAAGCUGUUCUCGGGCCUGGCGCUCAGUCCGCGUGCCGUCAGCACCAGCUUCGGCUGCCGCGUCAACGUGGCCAUCUGCCUGCAGGGCGCCUCGUCACCGGACCCGAGCACCGUGUUCGUGGACCUGCGCGCGCUGCGGAACGACCGGGUGACGCUGGUGGAGCGGGGCGCGCCGCACAGCCUCUGCCUGAUGGAGUCCGGCAAGCUGCUGCCCGGCGUCAAGGUCAUCAUAGCCAACCCCGAGACCAAGGGCCACUGCGGCGACUCCAACCUGGGCGAGAUCUGGGUGCAGUCGCCGCACACCUCCACGGGCUACUUCACCAUCUACGGCGACGACUCGGGCACCUCGGACCACUUCACCGCCCAGCUGGUGACGGGCUCGACGGGCGAGGUGUACGCCCGCACCGGCUACCUGGGCUUCCUGCGACGCACCGACAGCGUCGCCGCCGACGGAGAGAAGCACGACGCCGUGUUCGUGGUGGGCUCGCUGGACGAGACGGUGAUGCUGCGCGGCAUGCGCUACCACCCGAUCGACAUCGAGACGUCCGUGCUCAAGUGCCACAAGAAGGUGGUCGAAUGCGCCGUGUUCGUGUGGACCAACCUGCUGGUGGUGGUGGCCGAGCUGGAGGGGAACGAGGACGACGCUCUGGACCUGGUGCCGCUCAUCACCAACACCGUGCUAGAGGACCACCACCUGAUCGUCGGCGUCGUGGUGGUCGUCGACCCGGGCGUCGUGCCCAUCAACUCGCGCGGCGAGAAGCAGCGCAUGCACUUGCGCGACGGCUUCCUGCAGGAUCAGCUCGACCCCAUCUACGUGGCCUACAACAUGUGAACGCGCGGCGAAGCGGGCGCGCGCGCCGCCACACACUGCCAUGCGCGCCGGCGGCGGCCCGGUGCACCGCCCGCUCUCUCCCUCUCUCUAUCUGUGGCCGCGCCGGCCGGCCCGUGUUGUUGUGUCGCGUCGCGGACGAGCGACCGGACGCGUGUUGCUAGCGGUAGAGUGAUUGGUAGAGAUAUUACAUGACGGUGGCUAGCGAGAGUUCGGUCCGCGCCGGCGGCCCCCGUGCGGACUGGGCAUUGCCGUCGGCGCGGCGCUCGGUGGUUUCGUUAUUUACGAUUGCUAGUCGUUUCCCCGGUGUUUUGCUUUUCGUUGGUUUUGUCUUUCAUGUGUACAGAGGACGCGCGUGGCCGCCCGGUCAAUCAGGGCGCGGCGCGGCGCGCGCGCCCCACGCGUCGGCCACCCGCGUCGCUCCAUCCCGCGCGCGCACAUCUGGCAGCCGGCGGGCGCUCCGCCGCCCGCCCUCGUUCCGCUGGUUAUUUUAUUGGUAGCGAGCCCUUGUCUGUGCCGUGAUAGCCCGGUAGAGGCUGGCGACCCGCCCCGGCCGCCGCCGCCGACGCCGUCGCCGCCGCCGCUGUAUGCAUGCUCGCCGCCGCCGCUGCUGCCGCUGCCCCGCGCCCGCCGGCCGGCCGGCCGGUCGCGGCGGCGUCCAGCACACGGCGCCGCUCCACUGUUUAUAAAGGUAUGGAUAUCACAAUAAAGAAAG